UGCGAAAUUGAACAGAAACCCGGCGGCCGCGUCAUCGCACCGCGCGCUCCAAGCCCGCCGUGGUUGACACACCGGACCGGACCGGACGGGACGGGACGGGACGGACGCGCUUGCGUGCGUGUGGAAGUGUCCGCGGUGCUGGUGGUAAAGCGGCUGCGACGGGGAUUCCGGCUCGGGUGGGAGAUUAGGAGGAGAGGGAGGAGGAAGAGGAAGAAGAGGAGGAGAGGCGAGCGGGACGCAUCAGAAGUGACGGGUUCCUGUCUACGGACGUGUCGGCGGCAGCGGCCCGCCGCCGAGCCUCCGUCGAAGCCGGGGAGUGGAUUUGAAGUGACGCAGGGAUGCGCUGAACCCGCAAUGAAAGGAGGAAGAGGAGGAGAGCGGGAGAUGAAGGUGUCCCUGGUCCAAGAGAGGUGCUGAACACCUAGGACCCUCACAGUUCUCAGUGACGUGUGUGGUGGUGGGUGAUGGCAGUGUUGACUGAGCUUCACCAGUACUACUUCCCAUUCCAGCAGAUGGACGGCUUCCUCCUGCACCCCUGAGCCUACGCAAAGCACCGCCGUCUCCCCGCCACAUCCCCCAUCCUGCCAAGCCCCGCCCCCGUCCCGUCCCACCACGCCCUGUCCCGCCCCAUCCCGUCUUUCUGCCUCUCCUUCUCCUCUCCUCCUACUCAGCCUACGCAUUGCUCUGCUCCUCACCCCUUUUAACCUUUGCCUCUUGCCCUCUUUCCGUCUCUCUCCUCUCUCCCCUUCUCUCUGUCCGUUAUGGCGUGCUGCGGACGUUCCCUGGACUCGCCCUGCACUCUGGCACUGCUGGUGGGCUUCCAGUUUGCCUUCGUGCUCUAUUUCUCUCUGGGGGGGUUCAGAGGCCUAGUGUCGGUCCUGGUCCACACCACCGAGCCGGAGUUUGACUACUCCCGGCCCCAUGACGUUUACACCAACCUCAGCCACCUGGGGGCUCCACCGCCCCCUCCCCGAAACUCCGGCACUGGACCCCCUGGAACGGGGCCACCUCUGAGAGACUGCCAGAUCCCUUCCCCUCUGCUGGUUGGUCCUGUGUCCGUCCAUCUGUCCGCUCCUCUGUCUCUGGAGGAGAUCAGACGGAGGAACCCGCUGGUGUUACCAGGAGGACGCUACCGGCCCCCAGACUGCCAGCCCCGCCACCACACCGCCAUAGUGGUGCCGUACCGCAACCGGCAGAGCCACCUCCGAGCCCUUCUCUACCACCUCCACCCAUUUCUACAAAGACAGCAGAUCCACUACAGCAUCUACAUCGUGCAGCAGUGGGGCAAUGGCACCUUUAACCGGGCGAAGCUGCUGAACGUCGGGGUGCGGGAGGCCCUGAGAGACGAGGACUGGAGCUGUAUCUUCCUCCAUGACGUUGACUUGCUGCCGGAGAAUGACCACAACACCUACACCUGCCACAGACAGUUCCCCACACACCUGUCUGUGGCCAUGGACAAGUUCCGAUACAGGUUGCCCUACCCGCAGUAUUUCGGCGGGGUGUCGGCAGUGACUCCGGACCAGUACAUGAAGAUGAACGGCUUCCCGAACCACUACUGGGGUUGGGGCGGAGAGGAUGACGACAUCGCCGCAAGAGUGCGUCUGUCUGGCAUGAAGAUAGUGCGCCCCCCAGUGGCCAUUGGCCAUUACAAGAUGAUCAAGCAUAAAGGAGACCGAGGCAAUGAGCAGAAUCCACGAAGGUUUGACCUUCUGAAGAGGACCAGGCUCAACUGGCGCGCCGACGGCCUCAAUUCUCUGACCUAUGACCUCCUCUCCAAAGAGCUGGAGCCCCUCUACACCAACCUGACCGUCAAUAUCGGAGAAGACCCCCGUCUGCCGCAGAGUAAAACAUCCCCCCCGCGGAAGAGCACGUCUGUGGCACCCCAACACAACACCGGGACGGACAGAGGCAAAGACAAAGCGGAGGAGAGACCACGGGCUUUGGCGACAAAUGUGACUGUGGCCAAGUCGGUCGGUGAGAAAAGGGCCACAGGCCGGUCAAAGGUCAUGAAUCAGGCCACACAGGAGAAGGCCGGUGUGGUGAAAUAGGACUAGACUAGAUAGUAGAAACAAGGGCUGCAAAUGUAGAUAAAGUCGCUUCUCUCUCUCUCUCUCCGUGGAAGACUGUGAGGGAGGCGGCGUAGCAGAGCUUAGCUACUUUGGGAACUGGCGCCUGCUCGUUGACUUGAGCGCAGGAUAAGAGGUGGAAACAAGGUGGAAAAAAGGGACGCGUGCGGGAACACCACCGAGUCACCUCCUCUUGACUCUUAUCGAAAUACCGAAUGUGACCCUGACUCCGGUGACUCGACAGCGUUGAGACGCAGCCCGCAGCCAUUCCUAUGAACUGGAUUCUGGACCGGAAGACGUAUCGAAGGAUGUUCUCAAUAAUAUAGACGGGGGCCACAUCCAUGUACAGCUCCGAAACAGAUUCUUCUAAAAAACAAACUUGCGACUAUAUAAAUCUUCUCUUUUCCAGACGUCCGACGUCGUGAGCAGCCAGUGGGCCGCCAGCUGUCUGCUGCCUGCAGCCAAGCAGACGUGGCUUCAUCCGAUCUGCUGUCAGUCCGCCCCACUCCACGGUGGGCUUAUGUUUCUGUGCCUUCUCUCUUUUA